UUCAAAGAGAUAGGUACCCCUCCAAUUUCCCGGCAGAUACUUUAAGAAACCCUACUUCGCUUUCAACUUCGACCGCCGACUUCGAAUCCAAACCCUCCUUUUUAGAUUGAUUUGCUCACAAUCAAUCAGUGGAGGUGAUUUUUCCUUGAUCUUCAAUGGCGGACGAGCAGAACGGUCUGAAGAGCGAAAGCAGUGAUUACUCGUCGGAGGAUGAAGGGACUGAGGAUUAUCGACGCGGAGGUUAUCAUUCUGUCAAAAUCGGUGAUUCUUUCAAGCACGGCCGUUAUGUAGUGCAGAGUAAGCUUGGUUGGGGUCAUUUCUCCACUGUCUGGCUCGCUUGGGAUACUCACCAACUAAGAUACGUUGCCCUAAAAGUACAGAAAAGCGCACAGCAUUACACUGAUGCAGCUAUGGACGAAAUUACAAUUUUAAAGCAGGUAGCAGAAGGUGAUCCAGAUGAUAAGAAAUGUGUUGUGAAGUUAUUGGAUAACUUUAAGCAUUCAGGGCCACACGGGCAACAUGUUUGCAUGGUUUUUGAGUACUUGGGUGAUAAUCUAUUAACCCUCAUAAAGUAUUCAGACUACCGUGGUGUACCGCUAAGCAUGGUUAAGGAAAUUUGCUUCCAUAUUCUAGUUGGGCUGGAUUACCUACAUCGCCAGCUUUCAAUCAUUCACACUGAUUUGAAGCCAGAGAAUGUCCUUCUUUGCUCUAUGAUUGAUCCAACUAAAGAUCCUGUGAAGUCAGGUGCAACUCUUAUUCUCCCAACGGAUAAAACCCCUCAGCAUAGUAGUGCUCCAAAAGAUGUGAAGGACACGAAAAGUAAUCUAACAAAGAAUCAGAAAAAGAAAAUCCGCAAGAAAGCUAAGCGGGCUACUCAAAACACAAGUGGAAGGGUAGCCUCUGAGGACAAUGAGCAGGAUGAUGAAACGCCUCGAUCAGAAGAUUCUCAUAAUGGUGAAGUUAAUAUCUCUAAUGUUCCUCAGAAGGAGGAAGCACCAAGCAAGGAUGGAUUAAACCAUGAUUCACAAGGAAAACAUGGUCGAAGGAGGAGUCGUUCAACUAGGCAAAGACUAUUGUCAGAGGUUGACAUGAAUUGCAAGUUGGUUGAUUUUGGGAAUUCUUGUUGGACGUAUAAACAAUUUACAGCGGAUAUCCAAACAAGACAGUAUAGGUGUCCCGAGGUGCUUCUUGGAUCUAAAUAUUCAACUCCUGCUGAUCUUUGGUCCUUUGCUUGCAUUUGUUUUGAGCUAGCAACUGGUGAUGUCCUUUUUGAUCCUCAUUCAGGUGACAACUACGAGAGAGAUGAGGAUCAUUUAGCAUUGAUGAUGGAGCUUCUUGGAACGAUGCCACGCAAGAUUGCUUUAGGAGGGCGUUAUUCCAGGGAAUACUUCAAUAGGCACGGGGAUUUAAGGCAUAUUCGACGUUUACGUUUCUGGUCAAUGAAUAAAGUGAUAAUGGAGAAAUACGAUUUCAAUGAGCAAGAUGCAAAGGACAUGUGCGAUUUCCUAGUCCCAAUACUAGAUUUUGUACCUGAUAAAAGACCGACAGCUGCAGCUUGUCUUAAGCAUCCUUGGUUUAAUCCUGUCCCUAGGGUUCUCCAGCCUUCUUUACCGGGUCCAGAGAAAAUGGACGAAAAAAAUGAGACGGAAGCAAUGGAGGUUGGGGUAGGAAAUAUUGCUAUUAACGGGUCAAGAUAAAGAAAGACAUGUGCUUUAUGAGAAUCAUUGCGGAUUUCCUCUACAUGACAUCAAAUGGUGUUUUUAUACUCUUUAACUCAUGUUGAUUUGAUAUGUAUUGGAACGAUUUUUUUUUUUAGUUUUUGUAUUGUUGCGUAUUAUUUUGAGGAACUACUGUUAUGAUUUGGAGUGAUGGUAUUUUUAUGUUGUAGCAAUCUUUCGAAAUGUUGGGAGGUGUUUAGGGUUUCUAUUA